CUGCAUGUCAGAACCAACAGCCGCGGGCAAGCCAAUCAAGGGCCCUGCGCACAGCAUGAUCCCCGCUGCUGCAUUCGAGCCUGAUCCUUCUGUCUGGCAGGAUUGUGUGCCAUCGACGUGCAUGGGGCCGUCGCCAAGCCGGGGGCUUUGGCGCGCCGCAGGGUCCAUCCCCAACCAAGUCGUGUCGCCCUUUGGAGCUGGGAACCAAUGCAACUUCAAGUACUCGCCAAACAACCUUUGUGUGGCGGAGAGGCGCUUGCUUACUACAUGGAAAUUGCUCGCGUCUUAUGCGAGGCCACGCAGCUGUCCUCGGGUGCUUCUGGCCCUGCGCAGCCGUUGGAGUGCCUUUUGGUUUGAUCAUGGGCUUCGUCUCGUCCAAGUCUUCCUGUGACAAACCAUUCAACGUCUUGGGGGCCACUGUUCCCAUUCGUGCUCGCUGGGAAUGGCCCAUGUCGCUCGCUGCCUGUCUCUAUUGCAUCGCCUCCCACAUUGGGAAAAUCCCGUCUCCAUGUUCCCCUCCUUGAAUGUUGCCUGCAGGGUUCCUAAGCUACCCGUCC